AUGCCUUCGCGUAAAGGCCAACCUCGAACUCUUGCAAAAGCAACUGGAGCUGAACGUCGCCAAAGGACGCGUCGUAGUCUUCCGGUGAUACCGGCGACACCCCAGGCUGAACCAGAAACAUGGGAGCGUACAGUUGCCGAAAUAGCUCAAGAGCCAAUGGAUUUACACGUCAAGAAAUACAGAGAGUGGAAGCGAAAUGGAUCUCCCCAUGACACGGCCUGUCGCGUCUGUGGAGCGACUGGCAAUAGUGACCUCAAGCCUGGUCGACUCAUAAAUUGCCAUACCUGCAGGGUAGCCUUUCAUUUCAUCUGCGUGCCAGACGGGAGCGAGUGGGCGACCAGGGAAGGUCUUUACUGUCCAAUAUGCGUCAAGCGCGGUUGGGACAUGUCUCCUCCAGGCCUCUCGCCGCCUACUUCCCCUGUACCAGCUCCCGCGCCUAUUGAGCGGCCCAAGGGUGUAGCGCCGAUCGAAUCCGCCGUUACCGCUGCUGUUCCCAGGGAAGGACCAAAUACUGACUCAACCAAUGGUCCCAAACCGCCGCAAGCGGCUUCAGAGGGCGCCUCUUUUGGUAACAGCUCAGAGCGCAUUCCACAGUCACCGGCUGUGACUGCACGCGCUGAAAGUAUGCGGCAUGAUGAGGACAACAAUUCCGACCCAGAAGCCCCCCAACCCAAGCGCCAACGUACAUCGCGGUUUGUUACUCUACCUAGCGAUGUCGAUGCCUCUCUCGGCGUGAUCUAUCGAGAGCUGGAAUCUGUUGCAUCUCUUAAACUACAGAUUCAAGAGUUGCAGUACAAAGACAGACAAAGCGCGCAGAUGAUCAAGCUGCGCGAUAAUAGCAUCGCAAUUCUGCGCCGCGAUCUCGAGAAGUACCGCGCAGAUGAUAGUGAGCUGGCUCGGCUAAGAGACAGUGCAGCACGAUUCGACCAAGUGAAGAGAGAGAUGGAAGAACUGAAGAGGAAGAAUGAGAUGCUUGGGGCGGAAUUAAGAAAGUCCAGAGAGGAGACCGCGACGGCACAGAGCCUUGUAAACGAUUGGAAGGGGAAGCUUGCACAGUUGCUCAAUGCUUGAUAGAUGCUUCUCAUGUUCCUUGUCCUGGUCCUUAGGUUAGCAUGAUACCCCUGGG